CACUUUGAUCAUCAAGCUCCAAACACAGCAACAGAACCUUCCUUUACACUAAAAACCCGAGUACCCGACAGCAACCAAUUCACCGCCAUCAUGCAGAUGUACAAGUGUGAAGCUGAGAAAAAACAAUGCAACAACAGCCAUGGUAGCCAUGUAUCAGGCCACCAAAACUCUGGCCAUGCCAGUCAUGGCUCAUGCCACCAAAACUCUGGCCAUGCCAACCAUGGUUCAGGCAACCACAGCUCUGGCCAUGCCAGCCAUGGCUCAUGCCACCAGAACUCUGGCCAUGCCAGCCAUGGCUCAGGCAACCACAACUCUGGCCAUGCCAGCCAUGGUUCAUGCCACCAGAACGCUGGCCAUGCCAGCCAUGGCUCAUGCCACCAGAACUCUGGCCAUGCCAGCCAUGGCUCAUGCCACCAAAACUCUGGCCAUGCCAGCCAUGGCUCAGCCCACCACAACUCUGGCAAUGGACAUUGCGCAAAGAAGUGCUAAACAAGCAGAACUCAGGUAACAGCCCAAGAUCAGAGUUUCAGAUGCUGCUGAUAAACAUCGAACUAUAUUUUAAGUAUUAUAUUAUCCCACAAAUAAUGCCUUCUAUAAUGCUAUGCAAGAAUGGCUGGCUUGCUAAUUGUACUACUUGUUUUGCUUAUGAAUGAAACACCGUUUGCUA